UAUGCGGCAAUAGUUCUAUCGCAUAUCUUCCGCCACUGUCGCGUUGGUAAAAAAUAGAGAGUAGCAUUUUUCUGGAAGAAAGGUUUUUUAUAAGAAAGUAUCACAAAUAACACACAAUCAUGUCUACGGAGGACUUUUACUUGCGCUACUACGUCGGCCACAAGGGAAAGUUCGGACACGAGUUUCUGGAGUUCGAGUUCCGGCCAGAUGGCAAGCUGCGAUACGCCAACAAUUCCAACUACAAAAACGACACCAUGAUCCGCAAAGAGGCAUUUGUUCAUCAGUCCGUGAUGGAGGAGCUCAAACGGAUCAUCAUUGACUCGGAGAUCAUGCAGGAGGAUGAUCUUCCGUGGCCGCCUCCAGAUCGCGUGGGUCGACAAGAACUGGAGAUUGUCAUCGGGGACGAGCAUAUCUCGUUCACUACCUCCAAAACGGGAUCAUUGGUGGACGUAAAUCGUUCGAAGGACCCAGAAGGCCUCCGAUGCUUUUAUUACCUGGUCCAGGAUCUGAAGUGCCUGGUCUUCUCACUCAUCGGCCUGCACUUUAAGAUCAAACCCAUAUAAGCCUUAAGCAUAGCCUAUUUAUCAGACACAUUGUAUUUUGUAAUGGAACCUCUAAAAUACUUGUACUUGUAUUAGCUAUAAUACUUUUGUUUACAAUGAAAUAAAUAAUGAUGUGAGAAUAUA